AAUAAGAGAUCUACAUCCGGGUCUGGAGGCGUUGCAUCUGAUAUUUGGCCCAAUAGAAGCCUUGCUGUUGGGGGCGGAGGACGACGAUUUGGGGAGCGGGAGUGAGCCUGCAAGAGUGUAGGCAGGGAAGAUGGCUGUCCUAGCGCCUCUGAUUGCCUUGGUGUACUCGGUGCCGCGGCUUUCUCGAUGGCUGGCCAGACCUUAUUGCCUUCUGUCUGCCCUGCUCUCCGUUGCUUUCCUCCUCGUGAGGAAGCUGCCGCCGAUUUGCAACGGUCUCCCCACGCAGCGCGAAGAUGGCAACCCGUGUGACUUUGACUGGAGAGAGGUGGAGAUCCUGAUGUUUCUCAGUGCCAUUGUGAUGAUGAAGAACCGCAGAUCCAUCACUGUGGAGCAACAUGUGGGCAACAUCUUCAUGUUUAGCAAAGUGGCCAACGCAAUUCUUUUCUUCCGAUUGGAUAUUCGAAUGGGCCUGCUAUACCUCACACUCUGCAUAGUGUUCCUGAUGACCUGUAAGCCCCCCCUGUACAUGGGUCCUGAAUAUAUCAAGUACUUCAAUGAUAAAACCAUUGAUGAAGAACUGGAACGAGACAAGAGGGUCACUUGGAUUGUGGAGUUCUUUGCCAAUUGGUCUAAUGAUUGCCAGUCUUUUGCUCCCAUCUAUGCUGACUUGUCUCUCAAGUACAACUGUUCAGGGCUAAAUUUUGGGAAGGUAGAUGUUGGACGUUACACUGACGUUAGCACACGGUACAAAGUGAGCACAUCACCCCUCACCAAACAACUCCCUACCCUGAUCCUCUUCCAAGGUGGCAAGGAGGUAAUGCGUCGGCCACAGAUUGACAAGAAAGGACGAGCUGUCUCUUGGACCUUUUCUGAGGAGAAUGUGAUUCGAGAAUUCAACUUGAAUGAGCUGUACCAACGAGCCAAGAAGCUCUCAAAGGGUGGAGACAUGUCAGAGGAGAAGCCUGGGAACCCUACGCCCACUGCCGUGCCAGAUGGGGAGAACAAGAAAGACAAAUAGGACCCUGCAUUGUUUUUGCUUCCUCUCCUGUCCAUUUCAGGAACCUUCGAGGCCCAGUUCCAGCUGUAACCACAAUCCUUGCCUGAGGCCUUUUGAUUUCUCCUGUUUGGCUGUGCCUAGGUGGGGCACUGUGUCUGCUUCUGAUUUUUAAAGAAGCAUCUUGGGAACCAUGAAGCAUUCUAUUACGAAGGGCUGUUCUGCCCUGGCCAACUGUUCCUCGAAGGGAGUGAUCUCAUGGAUAGAGGUAGAAAUGGUUUCCCUCCAAGGUUGGGUCAGUGUGUAAACUGCUGUUCAACACUUGGAUAUCACCAGUCUGGUUUAAUCAUUCCCCUAGUGAGCCUGCAAAGCAUAGACUAAAUUAACUCUCAUGUUAGCUAUCGGAGUAUAAAGCACUUAUAAUUUUCCCUCAAGGACCCUUUCUUCCUUUGGGCCUUUCUGGCUUGAUCUGUGCAUUAAGAAAUUUAAGUUUGGGGCGGGAGAAAUGACUCAUUGAUUAAAAGUAUGGUGGCUGCUCUUCCCAGCAACCACACGAUGGCUCAUAACCAUCUGUAAUGAGAUUUGGUGCCCUCUUCUGGCAUGCAGGCAGAAUACUAUAAAUAUAAGUAAAUCUUGAAAGAGAAAGAAAUUUAAGUUUACGGGGUUGGAGAAAUGGCUCAGUGGUUAAAAGAAUUGGCUGUUCUUCCAGAAGACCCAGAUUGAUUCCUAGCAGCCACAUGGAGCCAAAUCGUCUGUAACUCUAGUUCCAGGGUCUCCAACAUCUACCCUUGACCAUGGCUGGCACUGUGUGUAUGUGGUGCACAAACACACGAAGGCAGAACACCUAAAAGGGGUAUAUGUGUUAUCAUUUAAGUGUCUCUUAAAUGAAAAGCCUUCAACAGGAUUUCAUCAUUAGAAAUAGAAUUGAUGUCCACCCUGUGUCAUGGGAACUGAGAGGAAGGGCAGUAUAAAUCUGAGAGGUUCCUUUGUGUGGUGGGCCCUGAAGAAGAAAGCCCCAUGGCUGAACAGCUGUUGUCUCCUCCUACCCCACAGCUUUCCCUAAUAAAGGGAUUGUUAUUUUGAU